AUGGCGCGGCGCACCAUGAAUUCCACGAAUCCAGCAUCCGCCGUGACUACUAUUAGAGGCUUCAAUACGCCUAUCCUUGAAUUCGCAGAUGACGAUUCCGACUGCGGCUGUCAAUCGCCCCCAUCACGUCGCUAUAUAAUCAACGAUGUGGUCAGCGCCCACAGCAGCCCGAUGCUGCGGUCCUCCUCUGGCCAGGGGUUGGGAGGCAUCAGCAAGCUGAAGUUGCAGCUCGACACUUUCAACUUGAAUGAAUCGCGAACUAAUUCGAUGACCCGCUAUCAAAGCAGGCCUUCAUUCCAGUCCCAGCCACACAGCAGUGAAGGGACAACCGACGGAUCCAGCGACGACGAGGCUUCCGACAUCACGAGCUAUGACAUCCCUCUCGAGCACGAUUUUGCUAGCGAAAGCGUACGCGAGAGGCCGAUGUUUGGCGCGAUGGAGGGAGGAUUGGUGCAGGACACGAUCGCGAGGAAAAUGACGGCAACCGACUUCGAGCCGCUGCGAUGCCUCGGGAAAGGUACCUUCGGGACUGUGCUGCUCGUGAAGCAGCAAGCGACAGGACGGCUUUACGCCCAGAAACAAUUCAAGAAGGCUUCGCUGACUGUUCACAAACGACUUGUAGAGCAGACCAAGACUGAGCGCUCAAUUCUGGAAAGCGUCAAUCGACACCCGUUUGUCGUGAAAUUGUUCUAUGCUUUCCAGGACCACGAAAAGCUCUACCUGAUCCUGGAAUAUGCCCAAGGAGGUGAACUAUUUACCCAUCUCGCCCAGGAGCGCAUGUUCACCGAAGAAGUGGCCUCGUUUUACAUGGCUGAAAUGGUCCUUGCUCUCGAGCACCUUCACCACAACAUGGGCGUGGUAUAUCGCGACCUGAAGCCCGAAAACUGCCUUCUUGAUGCGGAAGGCCACCUCCUCUUGACCGACUUUGGACUUUCGAAGGUUCCUGUGGACGAGAAUGACAAGUGUAACAGCAUGCUUGGUACAGUUGAAUACAUGGCUCCGGAAGUGAUCUUGGGCCAGAAGUACGGCAUGGCAGUCGACUGGUGGUCCCUUGGUGCUCUAGGUUUCGAUCUCCUGACUGGCUCACCUCCAUUCCAAGGCCAGAAUCAUGCCAAGAUCCAGGAGCGAAUCGUGAAGCAGAAGCUGGCGAUGCCAUAUUUCCUCGGUCCUGACGCGAAAGAUCUAUUGACCCGUCUUCUCCGCAAAGAGCCAACAAAGCGUCUCGGCGCCAACAUGCCCAAGGACUUGCAAAUAAUCAAGAAACACCGAUUCUUCCGCAAAAUCGACUGGAAGAAAUUGGCCUUGAGAGAGGUUGAAGCACCAAUCCAGCCGUUAAUCACCGAUCCAGAGCUGGCUGAAAACUUCUCAGCCGAUUUCACCGACUUGGCUGUUAGUCCUGUUUUGACGAGCCAGAAGGUCCCAUGGAGUUCUACAUCAGCCAGUGCGAAUGAGAAUCCAUUUGGAGGUUUUAGUUAUGUUGCUAGCCAUAGCCUAUUGACAGAUGGGUUUAUGGGGGUGAAGAGUGGAAUCACCGCUUGA